CUGCGCGCUUCUCGGCGGUCGGCUGCUUUGGGCUCCGCUGUUUCCGGUCGGAGGGCAUUGAGCGCUGCGCACUCGCGGACGGGGCUAUGUGAGACGGGCGGCGGGCUGUCGCUGUACGUCACCCGGUGGCGGACUAGGAGCCGUCAGGAUGCCGGGCCUGCAGAUGUUCGGCCGGCGCUGGGCCAUCGCCAGUGAUGACCUGGUGUUCCCCGGAGCCUUCGAGCUGCUGGUGAGGUGUAUCUGGUGGAUUGGGAUGUUGGCCCUCUACUUCGUCCAUAAAGGGCACUUUGAUUGCCCCGGGGGACCCCUCCUGCAGAGCUACUUCAUUGUACUGAUUGCCAUGCUGGGUGCCAUUAUCUGCUCAGUGUCAGCAAUCGUCUAUGUCAGUAUGCAAGGUACAAUCGCCAACCCGGGGCCCAGGAAGUGCAUGCCCAAACUGGUGUACAUCCGCCUGGCCCUCUAUCUGCCAGAAUUCGCAUGGGCCAUUAUGGGGGCAAUCUGGGUGUCGGAUAAUGGGGUUCACUGUGAGAAAACAGUGGUGAAUGUCAUUCUGCUUACUGUUAUCGCUAGUUGGAUCAUCAUGCUGUUCACCACUAUAGCCGUCUUCAUCGUGUUUGAUCCACUGGGACGCAAGAAAGCUUUAUAUUAUGUGAGAGAUGAAGAUCACAACCUGCAGAGCAGCCAGUCCGAGCAGCUGAUGUACAACCUGAAGAAGACGGCUACUAGGGUGUGGGAGACCCGCAUCCGCCUGUUCUGCUGCUGCAUAGGCAAUGACAAUGACAACAGGGUGGCUUUCUCCAGCAUCGCACAGCUAUUCAGCAGCUACUUUGCCGACACAGACCUGGUUCCCAGUGAUAUAGCGGCAGGACUGACUCUCCUUCAUCAGGAACAGGACAAAGUGGAACUCAGCCGGGAUCCGGAUGAAGUGUUGUCCCACUCGCCAUCCCCACAAUCUGAGAGAGAUAAUCUGGAUGUGGAGUUGGCGAAGGCGGCUCACUACAUACAGUUUGCAGCCGCUGCCUACGGGUGGCCCCUCUAUGUGUACAGCAACCCCUUCACCGGACUUUGCAAAUUGUGCGGAGAAUGUUGCCAGAACCGGAGGGCCCAGAGUGAUAUCGUGGGCGGUGAUCACCUCAAUUGCCAUUUUGGCUCUAUUCUGCAAACAACAGGACUACAGUAUCGGGACUUCAUCCACAUCUCCUUUCAUAACCGGAUCUAUGAAAUCCCAUUUUUUGUUGCCCUCGAUCACAAAACAGAAGCCAUCUUGGUAGCUGUAAGAGGAACACUGUCCCUUGAGGAUGUUCUGACCGACCUGUCAGCGGACUGCGAGAAUCUGCACACCGAUUGCGUGGAAGGAGAUAGCUUUUCACAUAAGGGCAUAAGUCAGGCUGCUAGUUACAUCUACAGAAGGCUUAUAAAUGAUGGCAUAUUGAAUCAAGCAUUCACAGUUGCACCGGAAUACAAGCUUGUCAUUGUAGGACAUAGCUUGGGGGCUGGAGCAGCUGCUGUGUUGGCAGUGCAACUUCGAAGUUCUUUUCCUACUCUGAAGUGCUAUGCAUUUUCACCACCAGGGGGCCUUUUCAGCAAAGCUCUUGCUGAUUAUUCAAAGAAUUUUAUCAUCUCGAUAAUAGUCGGGAAGGAUCUUGUGCCAAGACUGAGUUUACCAAACAUGGAAGAUCUAAAGAACCGAAUACUAAGGAUGGUGGUGAACUGUAACCGACCCAAGUACCGGAUCCUGCUGCACGGAUGUUGGUACGAAAUAUUCGGUGGCAGUCCAGAUGACUUCCCGACAGAACUGGAUGGCCGAAACAUGGCAUCUCUGACACAGCCGCUGUUGGCUGAGCAGGCUCUACUGAUUCAGAAAUCCUCCUCAUACAGCACACUAACAGAGGGCUCCCCCGCCGAUUCUCCUCGAUAUCCUCGUCUGUAUCUACCAGGGAAGAUCAUCCAUAUUACAGAAGACAGCAGAUCAGGAUGUCUCUGUUUUUCGGAUGUGAAAUACAGCGCACGGUGGUCGAAAGAGACUUCUUUCAACAGCAUUUACAUCAGCCCCAGAAUGAUCACCGACCACAUGCCGGACAUUGUACAGAACGCUCUGAGGAGCCUGUGUCAGGAGCGCGCCGGCUGUAUGCCCUGUCAGACUCCACCGCACGACUUGCCUACCACUUAGGUCUAAGCCAUUGCAAGCAGUGCACCGUCUCACCCCAGUGGCUAUGGGAGGACAAGCGAAGCAGUCUUACUAAUAACACAGUAACCCUCCCUCUACUACAGGACGAUGACGCCGCGGCUGAGAAACGAUCCUGGUGACAAGAAACGCACACAUGUCUGGUUGCCUUUUGCACUAGCCUUUUUUGUUUCUUUGGACGAGUUUAAUAUUUUAAGUUAAAAGUUUUGUGAAAGGGAUGGAACAAGCAAAGCAAACAUUCUGCACUGCUUAAAGGGAGUCUGUCAUCAGCAUUUCACUUUUUUAACCCUUCCCACAGCUCCCUAGCAUGCUU